UCUAGCAACCCUUUAUUGACAUUAAAAUCUUGUUCCAUUUCUCUUCUUCUCCCAAUCUUAUCACAGCACAGGGAAAAAUGGGUGUUACUAAGAUCACUCAAACGUUCCGAACCCAGGUGACUCCUGCCAGGAUGUUCAAGGCCUUGAUCCUUGACUCUCACAACCUCUGCCCCAAGCUCAUGUUUUCAUCUAUCAAAAGCAUUGAAUUCAUUGAAGGGGAAGGAGAUGCUGGUAGCAUCAAGCAGAUCAAUUUCACUGAAGCUAGCCCUUUUAAAUAUGUGAAACAUCGAAUUGAUGAGCUCGACAAGGAGAAAUUCAUGUGCAAGCAUACUUUGAUCGAAGGUGAUGCGUUGACAGACAAACUCGAGUCCAUCAGUUACGAGGUCAAAUUUGAAGCUUAUGGCUAUGGAGGUUGUAUCUGUAAGAUGACUAGUGAAUACAAGGCGAAGGAAGGUAUCGAGAUCAAAGAACAAGAUAUUGAGUUUGGAAAGGAUAGAGCUAUUGGCAUGUAUGAAGUUAUAGAAGCAUACCUUAUGGCUCAUCCUCAUGCUUAUACUUAAAAGAUGUGCAAUUUAAUUGUUGGAAAGCUUUAAAGAUAUGCAAUUAUAUAUUGUAAUUUUGGCAAUAAAUCAGAAUUUUGAUUGUUUUUUUUAAUUUAGUGUAAUUAAGGAAAUUCUGUGAUUUUGGAGAGA